AGAUUUUGGAAAGAUAGGCAAACGACACCACUGUGGCGAAAAUUAGUGUGGCGCAUCGUCUUCCUCGCAGCCUUCGAGAGGUGAAGUGUUUGAUUACAGAAGGAAAUCACGAUCGGUAUAAUGGAAUUCCCAACUCUCUUUCUACCAUCUAGAAAGCGGUGAGUCUCUGAUUCGUCUUUCCUUACGAAUCCGGCGUCUUGAGGAGUUGUUUGCCAUUUAGGAGUGAAAGCCAGAUGGAUUUUGUGGAUUAAUUUGCACUGUUUACGGGAAUAAGUGAAAAAAGUUCUUUUUGUCAGAAUUUCCUAUUGCGGCGCUAUGGUUCCGCAAUGUUUUUCCCUAAAUCGACCCUUGCUUUUGUGUAAUGGAAGGAAGAAGAUAAUUCAAGCAGAAAAGCUCUUGCCUUUGAGUAUGAUAUCGAGGGAGUUCUCAUCUUAUUUUACUCUUUCUUUCCGUUAUCCUCCAGCGUUCUCUCUAUCAGGUCUCAAUCGAUCUGAAUCGCGAUGCAGUAGGUUAGUUGUUGCAAACAUGAGUGGAAAUGAUAAAGAGAAACAAAGCUCUGCUGGAAUCACAGAAAAGCCUCGGCCAAGGAGGAGGUUUUCUAUGAGAUUGCGCUUAAUUUCGGCUAAGCUAAGGAGGUUAUCAAUUCGAAGUUUAAUCGAGGAUACAGUAUUCGUGCUUAGGAAGAAUUCUAGGAAUUUUACUCUCUCCAUGGUGAUAUCUUUUGCCAUGGGGUUCUGUUUCCUGCUCCUGAAAUUUACAACAGUUCCAAUGUCUAAGGUGGUUCCUUAUUCUGAUUUGAUAUCAAAUCUUCAAAGUGGAAAGGUUUUGACAGUGCUUUUUGAGGAGGGUUCUCGACGAAUUUUUUUCAACACAAUGCCUGCUUCACAGGAUUCCUCAAAGCCAGAAGAGGAGAGCUCCUCAGUUACAAGUAAUUCUAAUCCUGCUUCGUCUAGUUCUAGAUGGAGUUCUCGUUCUAUUCCAAAGUGGCAAUAUGUUGCCAGAAAGAUUGAUCAUGAUGAGAAUUUUCUACUUGGUUUGAUGAGAGAGACUGGGACUACAUAUAGUUCUGCUCCGCAAUCAGCAUUUAUGUCAAUGAGGAAUGUUUUGAUCACAAUAAUAUCAUUGUGGGUGCCAUUGACUCCUUUGAUGUGGUUGCUUUAUCGUCAAAUUUCUUCUGCUAAUAGUCCUGCAAAGAAGCGUAGACCCAGUAAUCAGACAGUUAGUUUUGAUGAUGUGGAGGGCGUUGAUGCAGCUAAAGAGGAGCUCAUGGAGAUAGUUUCCUGCUUACAAGGAUCCUUGAAUUACAGCAAGUUAGGAGCAAGGUUACUGAGAGGUGUCCUGCUGGUAGGUCCUCCAGGGACUGGAAAGACAUUGCUGGCCCGUGCAGUAGCUGGAGAAGCAGGAGUUCCUUUCUUCUCUGUUUCUGCAAGUGAGUUUGUAGAAAUGUUUGUUGGAAGGGGAGCGGCGAGAAUAAGGGAGCUCUUCAACACAGCAAAAAAAUGUGAACCAUCUAUAAUAUUUAUUGAUGAGCUUGAUGCAGUAGGAGGAAAGCGUGGUAGAAGUUUUAAUGAUGAGAGAGAUCAAACACUGAAUCAGUUGCUUACAGAAAUGGAUGGGUUUGAGUCAGACAUGAAAGUGAUUGUUAUUGCUGCAACCAAUAGGCCUGAAGCUCUAGAUCCAGCUUUAUGUCGACCUGGUCGUUUCUCAAGGAAGGUGAUUGUUGGAGAGCCUGAUCUGGAAGGAAGAAAGAAGAUAUUGGCUGUGCACCUAAGAGUGGUUCCUUUGGAAGAAGAGUCUCUGAUGAUAUGUAAUCUUGUUGCAUCUCUUACCUCCGGCUUUGUUGGUGCUGAUCUAGCCAAUAUUGUAAAUGAAGCUGCCUUGCUUGCUGCUAGAAGAGGUGGUGAAGUGGUAUGUAGAGAAGAUUUCUUGUUGGCAAUAGAACGGGCAAAGUUUGGAAUUAAUGAAAAUCAGUUAAGUCCUACUGCCAUAAAGAAAAGUAUCAGUAAGUGGUUUCCAUGGAUGCCAGCCCUGCUGAUGAAGGAUGGAACAAGACAGGAUGGCCUGCAUGGUCUUAUGGGCUAUCAAACGCUAAGCUGAUUAUUGUUCUCAGAAACUGAUUUCUGCCUCUUCUCUAUAUAGUCAGAUUGGAAGUUUGUGAUAAUUUAGCCGUUGAACAUAACGUUUCAUUUUUUUAAAUUGAUAUAUUGAAAUCAUAAUUUUCUGUGCAAUUUGGACUGAUCUGGAAAUAUGAAGGUUUUUACUCAAUUUUUGUGA